GCACUUGAAAGCAUCGCUUCUUUCGCACAACGCCGUCCACGUCACACAAACCCUUGGAGAUAUUUGACGUCAUUUGCCAACGCUAGUGCCAAAGACCCAGAAGAUUCAUUGUGUGAUAUCCUCCAUCAACCUGAGGCCCAAGACAGGAACACAACCUUGGGCUUGCCUUUAAAGCCGUGCUUUCCUUCUGUCUGUAGCCGCCGCCAUUGCAACAUGUUCCGCAAGAUCUCCUACGCCGCUUCUUGUGCUUUAGCAGUCGGUAUCAAGAAUAAAUUCGACACCCCGCAGUCAGUUCUCCUACAAGAAAACUCACUCAGCAAACUCAAUCUCCAACGAUGCCUGCCCAAAGUCAGUGCCGGGGGUACCGAAUGCCAGCUGUACGUCGGAGACAGGAUCAAGAGAGCGGUUGGAUUCCCUCAGUUGACAGCCUGCUGCAAGCCGCUGAGAUACAAGGACUUCAUCAUUUCCUACGACACCAAGAACCGCAUUCCCAACUGGGUCUACGAACACCUUCAGUACUACAAAUUCUACAAGGACGACCCAUGCGACAGGAGAAUCAACGUCUGCCCAUACAAGUAAGUCAAAGUGUUCAGAAUCGCGGUAGCUCAUUAUAUUUUCAUGUUCAUUUAAUGAAAGAAUAAAAAAAAGCUGUUUCAUUGGUUAACUUCUUUUCAUGUGACUCGGCUGUUGGAAGGCAAGUUGGUCGGCCGACCUUUCGGUUGUCGCCCUUGGCCGCUCUUUUGAAAAGCUCACUGUGUACCCCUUGAGAUUUCGUCCAAGUUUGACUUCGCAUUUUAAGAUAUAUGAAUUUGUGAUUUAGUCUAUGUAGUUCUAUGAACAGGACGUCCAAGGUUACAUGACACGCCUGUCUUCUAUGACAACAAUGGCGUAGCCAAGGGUGUUUGUGUACUCUCCACUCCUUUAUAAAAUAACCUUGCUCAAAGUAUGGCACAAGUCGGACCACGUGACUUCUAAUAACGUGGACAAAAUCCUGGCGAUGCCUAGUAAGAUAUCGAAAUAUUAUCCCGUUGAUGACCUUUGAACAGACAUAUUAUGAAAUGCAUUUAAAGAAUCUAAAUCCGAUACACCAUCAAUAAAAAGGAGAUGCUAAUUGAGAACCGGGUGCCUUUAAUUCCACUUAAGAGAAAGAUAAUCAACCAAUUCAAAACAUAACCCCCCCCCCCCCCCCCCCCCCCCGUGUCUUAGACGGGUUCUCAUGUAUCACAUGUUUUUAAAACUAUUUUCAUAUUGACAACUGGCCAGUGUUUUUUUUUAGGUACGCUGACUCUGUGUCACCCCGGUAAAAAAAAUCCCAGAGUUGGCUUUAUGCGUUUAAUAAGAAAUAGAAAAUGAGAAUGUGUCUUUCUCUCGUUCUCUCCUAACGUCUACCCUCUUCGCCCUCUUUAACUUUAACCUUGGGUUGUUGUUUUUUUGUCAACUGUAAUCCUACUUUGACUUUGAGACUCGCGACAGGAUAAUCGAGAUUUGCAAUUUUAUUCACAUUUUUUUUCCCCCACUUCACCUCAGUGAGGAUUCUGCCGCCCUUGGCAACGAGAAGCCCAAAUUCCACCCCGACUGCCGAAUCCAUGGAUACCAUCGCGCUGACGUCCGUGACUACUGUGACACGGAGUAUGAGCUUGGACUGAUGGCAGAUCCCGCCAACUACCCGUUCGACGCCGAGGCUUGCGCCGAGACUCAAGUGAUGACCAAUGUCGUUCCUAUUGUAAGUACUCGCCCCCCCCCCCUGAUCACGUGGUUAGUCGGUGAAAAUGUGCCAGGAAUUUCCUAGACUUUAAAAAGGCCCUAUAGAAUAUACGAUUCUAAGAAACGAUUUUAAAGUUCUUGCUGGGAAUUAACUCACGAACACAACAGACGCUGGUGGGAUUCAAGAUGGCGAUGUAUGAAAUUAAAAUGUAGGCCUAUAGGUCAGCUGAAUGUCAUAAGGUGAACAACAAAAACGUACACGUUGAAAACGACCAAAUCUUAAGGCCUUUGGCACCAUUACCAGUGGCGUAGCUAGAGUUGGUGCCGCCCAUGGCGGACCAAGAUUUCUGUCGCUAAAAUAAACUUUGCUGUUGGCCAACAGUGCUGCCACUCCAUGUAAACAAAAGUAGUGCCAGGGGCGGACCGCCCCCUCUGCCCCACCCUUCUUACGCCACGGAUCAUUGUUAUCUUGAAUGUGUUUGUGUUUAAUGUGAGCUCAAGCCAUAUGUUAAACUUGUACAGGUGCCAGGCUUCAGCUGUGGCCCAUGGUUUGAUCUGCAGUGCUACAUUCGUGAGAAGUUAGUGAGAGAGAACAAAAGUGUUUACGUCUGCUCUGGUCCACUCUUUUUGCCCAGGUUUGUCAUUGGGAUAAAUAUUUAUAUAUUUUUUUUCUUUUUUAAGAAAGUUUUUUCCACCUUGAUUUUUAAAAAUUAAAUAUCAAAUCCAUGCGGCACACCUAAGAUUGCGUGUCAUGCAAUUUCUCAAGACGAGCCAUUGAUUGUGCUAUUGAAACUAAAGACCUAAAAAACUCUCACUCAAAGUUUUCACAUUCAAUAAUAAUCGUCUUACAUCAAUCUAAAUAUUAAAUCCUAUACUUUUUUCUUCUUCAAAAACUCCCUUGUAAGAACUUAAUAUAUAAUUUUCAAUAUACUAUGUAAUACGUUUCAUAUAUAUAUAUAUAUCGGUGUAUACAAGAUUUUAAUGUUUGUUUUAAACAUCGUUAUUUCAGUGAUAACGACGGCAAGGUACAGAUGAAGUUUGAUGUCUUGGGCGAGGGUGAAGUGUCGGUGCCCUCACAUUUCUUUAAGGUUGGUACAUGCUCGUGUUCAAAGUUCGAUUAGCUGUUAUGGUUCUUAGCUAUUCGCACAUUAUUUGCUCAAAGCUGUGUAGUUAUUUUCAUUGACAAAACUACUUCUUGUCAGACCUGCACGUAUUGGGGACUGGGCAUAGCUUAAAUGUAGUUAUUUUAAGUCUUGUAUAAUCCCAAGUAUAUAUUUUUUUCUAGAUCAUUUUGACCUAACCUGACCUAUUUUCCCCUUAGGUAAUCAUCAUUGAAACCCAUGACGGUAACCUGGAGCUGGAGUCCUACAUGAUGCCAAAUGCCAAACCCGAAGAGGGUGAAGAGGUCAAGCUCGACGACUACCUAACCCCACUUUGCCAGAUUGAGCACGCAUCCGGCCUGAUCUUCUUCCCCGAGAAGAAAGUCUGCUUCACUAGCAACAACAAGAGGAGAGGUGCCCGACUCCAUGCGCUAUAAAUAUCAACCAAUCAAAAGUCCGGAUGAGCACACAACACACAGAGCAAGUUUUGCAAGAGAACAUCUCAAAGGAUGUUGGAAGCUUACUUUCAUAUACAUCAUUUAUGACCACGUGGUGCUAUUGCUUUGAACUUUAACAAGGAACUCAGAAUUUCACCAUUACACAUCGAGGAAUUCUAAAAGAUAUUGCCUCUAUUUCCACUGACUUAGUCAAAACUAAUGUACCAAUAUAUCAACUAAGAAGGAAAAUUGGCAGCCAACAUACACACCAACUUUGACUAUAUAUGUAUGCAUAUAUAUUUCUGUAUGUGUGAAUUUAAAACAAAAAUGGUGCUGCGUUGUGCAUAAUGAAACAUCAAUUUGGUCAAUGUAUUUCUAGUAUAUCCAAAUAAACAACCAUCCUACCCAAAAAGCAUUGCAAUUGUAACAUCUCAAUUUCUUUUUGAACCAUUUGAGUUGCCACUGUCAUUUAAUUAAAGCAUUCUGUGAAAGCAAUUUGUCAAAUCUGCAUAUUAUAAAAAUCUACAGACAUUUCAAGCUAAAUAAAUAAAAAUAAAUAACAUGAAAAAAAAAAA